AUGUUGUCGUCACUACUCACCAUCGCCGCCACGUUUGGUGUGCUGGCACUUGCAGAUAAUCCCUUCGUACAGACCAUCUUCACUGCUGACCCAGCUCCAGUCGUCUACAAUGGGCGUGUCUAUGCCUUCCUAGACCACGACAACAAUGGAGCCACGUACUACGACAUGACCGACUGGCAUCUCUUCUCCACUGCUGACAUGGCCAACUGGCAAGAUCAUGGGACGAUCCUGAGUCUUAAAGACUUCUCUUGGGCUAAAGCCAAUGCCUGGGCGCCACAGAUCAUCCCGAGGAACGGCAAAUUCUACUUUUACGUACCAGUCACUGCCAGCUCCGGAGCGGAUGCCAUUGGUGUUGCCGUCAGCAGCAGCAUCACUGGACCAUACAAAGAUGCUCUCGGCAAACCACUCGUCUCCAAUUCCGAGAUCGACCCCACGGUCUUCAUCGACGACGACGGCCAAGCAUAUCUCUACUACGGCAAUCCAGAUCUCUACUAUGUCAAGCUCAACACAGAUAUGAUCUCCUACAGUCAAGGUCCCACAAAGAUAUCUCUACCAAGUGGUGCGGGCUUCCAAGAAGCACCGUGGGUAUACAAGCGCAACGGCACCUACUACGUCGCCUACGCCGGAACUUGCUGCUCCGAGAACAUUCGCUACAUGACCGGCAAAAGUCCCACUGGCCCGUUCACAUACAAAGGGGUGAUCAUGCCAACUCAAGGUAAAAGCUUCACCAACCACGAAGCCAUAAUCGACUUCAAUGGGCAUUCCUAUUUCUUCUACCACAACGGCGCCUUGCCGGGUGGCAGUGGCUACCAACGCUCGGCGUGCGUGGAGGAAUUCAAGUACAACAGCGAUGGCACGAUCCCGACCAUACAGAUGACCACGGCAGGGGUCAAUCAGAUAGGCACGCUGAACCCGUAUGUUCGACAGGAAGCCGAGACUGCUGCAUGGUCUCAAAGCGUUAGGACUGAGACCUGUAGGGAGGGCGGCAUGGACGUCACCAGCAUCCAGUCGGGCAGCUAUAUCAAAGUCAGGGGCGUAGCAUUCGGCACUACAGGUGCCAAAUCGCUUUCUGUGCGUGUGGCAGGCACAGGCAGUGGAUCUAUUGCCAUCCAUCUGGGGAGUACGGGCGGUACAUUGGCCGGGACUUGCAGCGUCAGCUCGAGCGGCGGAUCGCAGACUUGGAAGGAUGUGACAUGCUCGAUCACGAAUGCUAAGGGCACACAAGACCUGUACUUCGUGUUUAGCGGCAGUGGCUAUAACUUCGACUACUGGCAAUUUACGUCGGCAUGA